AUGCUGACCACGCCUUUCAGAUCCGUCUACCACCUCGAUUAUUUUCUGCAGAGCGCUUUCGACACCUACUGUGGACGCCGCAAGCGCACAUUUCAUUCUUGCGCGUUGGUUCUUGUGGGCGCCUGUCAAUGUCAUCCUCUAACGUCUUCUUCCCCUUACUUCUUCCGCGCCGCUUAUCCCCCGCAGAGCUUCCUUGCGCUCGACCACGACGGCGACGACGGCGACCACGACGACGACGACGAGGGAGAGCGUCGGGCAUGGCCUGCUCGCGCAGAGGAGAAGACGGGCAGUGGACGACGAGUGCGCCGCAUCGAGGUCGACAAGACGGUGCCCGCGCCCCAUGCGCUUGACGAUGGCAUCGAGCGUCAGCCCUGUUGA